UUAAUGAAAAUCUUUGAAAAAGCGAAAUUGAUUUUCACUGUGAUGUGACUGCAAAAUCUCUUGGUUGUUGAACUCCACGAAAAUGUUGAUACUGGAUAUCUUUGAUUAGUUUCUUAGUUAUCUGGGAUUGACGCAGUUAGCAACCAAAAUAAAACAAUGAGAUGUGAUUAGAUGUGUGCGUUUGGUUCCCAAACAAAUGACAUAGUGCGGUGUAUGCAGUUGUUUCGCGUUGUGGAUGGAGGUUUCACACAUAAAUACGAAAUGCAUUAUUUAUAGUUUUCUGUGAGAGAACUUUAGUGUGCAAUCACUUUUGUUGUAGUGCGAAUAGUGAAUAUAAUAAUGAGCGUCACUCAAGUUCAAGGAGGUUUGAGCAAACUAAAGAAAAAACACUUUAGAGUUAAACAUCAAAAAGUCAAGCUCUUUAGGGCCAAUGAACCGUUGUUGUCAGUAUUUAUGUGGGGUGUGAAUCAUACUAUUAACGAACUAAGUCAUGUUACGAUCCCGGUAAUGCUACUGCCAGAUGAUUUCCGAGCCUAUUCCAAGUUGAAAGUGGACAACCACUUGUUCAACAAGGAAAGUAUGCCCAGCCAUUUUAAAGUGAAGGAAUACUGUCCAUUAGUUUUUCGGAAUCUCAGGGAAAGGUUUGGCAUCGAUGAUGUCGACUACAAGGAAUCAAUGACACGAUCUCAGCCUGUUGCAAUUGAUUCUCCUGGAAAAAGUGGAGCAAAGUUCUACCAGUCAUAUGAUCGUUUGUUUAUAAUAAAAUCAUUAACAAGCGAGGAAGUGGAACGCAUGCAUUCAUUCUUGAAGCACUAUCAUCCUUACAUUGUGGAACGACACGGGAAAACUCUGUUACCUCAGUAUUUGGGAAUGUACAGACUGACAGUUGAUGGAGUGGAGCAUUACCUUGUUGUCAUGAGAAACGUGUUUAGCAACCAUCUCCAAAUACACAGGAAAUUUGAUUUGAAAGGUUCCACAGUGGAUCGAGAAGCCUCUGACAAAGAAAGGGAAAAGGAUUUGCCGACACUUAAAGAUAAUGAUUUUGUCAAAGAAGGGAUGAAAAUUUACAUUGGUGAUGAUGCGAAAGAGAAAUUGCUGGAAACACUAACUGCAGAUGUUGAGUUUCUCACAAAACUGCAUCUGAUGGACUAUUCGCUACUCCUUGGGAUCCAUGACUGUGCAAGGGCUGAACAAGAAAAUCGAGAACGAACAGAUCUGGAAGAAGAAGAAAAUAAUGGCAUGGAAGAGGAUGAAGAUUCCGAAAGUGGAUCAGCGGUGGAGAAAGGUGCUGUAGACAGAGCAUGGGGACCUUUAUCAUCUCCGCCUGAUUCGCCUCAUGCGGCACUUAUGCGAGAGUCAAGUAUUCAGUAUGAAGGUGGAAUUGUACCAGAGUUGGAUAUAUAUGCCAUACCAAGUUCAGAAGGUGCUCCCAUUAAAGAAAUUUAUUUCCUGGCUCUGAUUGAUGUGUUAACACAUUAUGGUGUCAGGAAACAGGCAGCUAAGGCUGCAAAAACUGUGAAAUAUGGAGCAAAUGUUGAUGGCAUAUCAACAUGUGAUCCAGAGCAAUAUGGGAAGAGGUUUAUUGAUUUCAUGAGCAAAGCUAUUGAGUAAAUGCCAAGAAACCAAGCCUUCAUCGCAGUUUUCCUGUGGGAGCCUUCAAAAAGAAAAUUAA